AUGAAUAUAGACAAGGCCCUCUAUGAUCUUAGGGAGAGUGUAAGUCUGAUGCCCUUAUCAACAUGUCAAAAGUUAGAGGUAGGAGAGCUUAAACCUAUAACAAUUUCACUGCAACUGGCUGAUCGAUCUGUCAAAUACCCUGUGGGCAUCCUAAAAAACAUCCCCAUCAAAGUGGGAAAAUUCUUUAUCCUAGUUGAUUUUAUUGUCUUAGAGAUGAAGGAAGAUGUCCAAAUUUCUAUCAUCUUGGGAAGACCUUUCUUGGCAACCGCUGGAGCUAUCAUAGAUGUUAAGAAUGGGCGGUUAACUCUCAAAGUAGAAGAUGAAGAGGUAGAAUUCAACAUGUUUAACAAGAUGAAACACAAACUUGAAGCUGAUGAAUGCUUUAAGGAUGCCUUUUGA